AUGGAGGACGAGUGCUCUCCAGAGAUCUGCUCCCUCUCCUGGGGCCACAUGACCCUCAAGCCCUGCUCCUCCAGCUAUAAGGACUGUAAGGUGUCCUGGAGAGAGACCGGGACCAACCAUAAUCCUGGAGUGCAGCCUGCCGAUCUGGAGGAGGUGCUGAAGAAAGGGGUCGACCUGCUGGUGAUCGGCAGAGGCAUGAGUGAAGCUCAAACUGUCCGUCUGUUCAGUGACUGA